AGGCAGUGCUGUAGGCCUGCGAAUAGAGUGGCAGCGGAGGGAGCCGCCGCCGCUGCCGCAGCAGCAGCAACAGCCGCCGCCGCGGAGGAGAGAGUGGAGCAGGGGAGAGCGGAGCCCAGGCAGCCCGAUAGAGAUGUUAACUAAGGGAGCGCCCGAGCCGCCCGAGCAGCAGUAGCCAGGCUCCAGCCUCCGCGCCUUGCUCGGCUCCCACGGCCCGCACCCCCUGCCCAGCCCUCGGGCCCCCGCUGGGUGGCACGGGCUCUGCCCCAAGCCGGGGCUCGGCUGCGUGAGCGGGAGGCUGCUGCGGUGAGCGCUAUUGGCCGCCGGGCUCCGGGGCUCCGGGGCUCCCGUGCUGCCGCUGCCGCUGCUGCAUUGGGGGGCGCAGGCCCCCCCGCCCACCCCCGCUGCUCCCCGCAGUUACUUUUCCUCCCACUGGGGCUUCUCGCCCGCACGGAAAAUACCAGUGGGCUAAGCAGGAGGGAACCGGCUGCUGGCUUCCCCCUUUUUUUUUUACCUCUCUCUCUCUCUCUCUCUCUCUCUCUCUCUCUCUCUCUCUCUCUCUCUCUCUCUCUCUCUCACACACACACACACACACACUCACACACACACACAGCCUGAUCUCCUCCACGCGAUUGCAGCAAUCCUAGACCUGGAAGGAGCUCGGGGGAGCCGGGGGAGCCCGGCUGGGCUCCGGCGCUGAGGAGGAGAGACUGGCCAAGCUCCCAGCCAGAGCUGCUGACAGAGUUGGGAAGCUCCUGGCGACCCCACAGGCACCGGACGGAACCCUGGGGCGGGAAUGCAUGGAGGCCUGUUAGCCCAAAGCUUCACAUCGCCGGCGGGCACCUGAGCGAGUUUAGCCUCAGUGGAGAGGGCCCGGGCCCCUGGCUAAAUGUCCCUACGCUCUCGGGCUGAGAGACUGGGAGAAGAGACUUGAACCAGUGGGUUCACUUUCAAGCUGCCUUUCCAGGCUUACUUCUCUCCAGAACUUUCAGUAAGGAAGAAUUCAGUGCAGCCAGAAGAGAGAAUGACCCUGACGUGUUCUGAGGACAGAGUCCUUUCCUGAGCUCCACACAGCGGGCAGAAGCCGGUGAAGUUCUCCUCCACCCGCUCCCGCUCUUCCGAAUUCCUCGUUGCUGGGGGACCCCGGGCGGGGUCCAUCCCCAGCCAGCGUUGGACCCCAGCUACCGCCCCGUCUGCCAUUUGCGGGCUUGCCCAAAUCCAGUCCAAGCCAUAUUAACCAGGACACCCCCGCGGCCCCGCCUGGGGUCUAGAACUGUCCGCUUUUAUCCAGAAGUUCCUUCCCAAGCCCCGCCCCAUGACUCCUUCCCGCUUUGAGCCCCCAAACUAGACCCCCAGAGGCGAGUCCGGAAUGAACCUGCUAUGGCCAAACUCUGGGUCAAGUUCCAGCGAUAUUUCCGCCGGAAACCAGUCCGUUUCUUUACCUUGGUGGCUCUCUACCUGACGGCUGGCAGCCUGGUCUUCCUGCACUCGGGCUUCGUGGGCCAGCCCGCCGUGGCUGAGAAUGAGCCCAACCCAGCCGCCGGUGCCCCUGAGGGAGCUGAGCUGCCCUACCAGGACCUCCUGCACCUGGAGAGGGGCUUCCGCGAGACCCCCGAGUCUCCGAAUGCAGUCCGCAGGUAUGGCCCCUGGCUCAAGAGCAGCUCCUCCAAGGACUCCCCGGAGCGGGGCAGGCUGGGAGACUACGGUGGCACCUGGAGCCGAGCCCUCAAGGGGAGAGUCAUCCGGGAGAAAGAGGAAGAAAGAGCAAAAUACGUCGGCUGCUACUUGGACAACCCCAGCAGACGGGCCCUCCGAGGAUUAUCCUUCUUUGACUACAAGAAGAUGACAGUCUUCCGCUGCCAGGACAGCUGUGCUGAGCGGGGUUACCUGUAUGCUGGGCUAGAGUUUGGUGCCGAGUGCUUCUGUGGCCACAAGAUCCAGGGGGCAAAUGCAAGCCAGGCCGAAUGCAACAUGGAGUGCAAGGGUGAGAAGAACAACAUAUGUGGUGGCGUCAACCGACUCUCCAUCUACCGGCUUGAGCUGGCCCAGGAAUCUGCCCGGCGAUAUGGCAGCGCCAUAUUCCGAGGCUGCUUCCACAGGCCUGACAACCUCUCCUUGGCUUUACCUGUGACAGCCACAAUGCUGAACAUGUCUGUGGACAAAUGUGUCGACUUCUGCACAGAGAAAGAGUACCCUCUGGCAGCUCUGGGGGGGAAGGCCUGCCACUGUGGUUUCCCCAAUACUCGCUUCCGCCUUCACGAUCAAGAAGAUGAGCAGCUCUGUGCCCAGAAAUGUGGCGGCGAAGAGUACGAGAGCUGCGGGACGCCCAAUUAUUUCAUCGUGUAUCAGACACAAGUGCAAGACAAUCGCUGCAUGGACAGGCGCUUCCUCCCAGGGCAGUCCAAAGAGCUCAUUGCCCUGGCCAGUUUCCCAGGUGCAGGCAACACCUGGGCCCGGCACCUCAUCGAACUCGCCACUGGUUUCUACACGGGUAGCUACUACUUUGAUGGCUCCCUCUACAACAAAGGGUUUAGGGGUGAGAGGGACCACUGGAGGAGUGGGCGCACCAUCUGCAUCAAGACCCACGAGAGUGGCCAGAAGGAGAUCGAGGCCUUCGAUGCCGCCAUCCUGCUCAUACGGAACCCCUACAAGGCCCUCAUGGCUGAGUUCAACCGCAAGUAUGGUGGCCAUAUUGGCUUUGCCUCGCAGGCCCACUGGAAAGGCAAAGAGUGGCCAGAGUUUGUGAAGAAUUAUGCGCCAUGGUGGGCCACACACACAUUGGACUGGCUGAAGUAUGGCAAGAAAGUGUUGGUGGUACACUUUGAAGACCUCAAGCAGGACCUGUUCACCCAGCUGGAGAGGAUGGUCAGCCUCUUGGAUGUGGAUGUCUUUGAGGACAGGCUUCUAUGUGUGGAGGGCCAGAAGGAUGGAAACUUUAAGCGCUCAGGGUUGAGAAAACUAGAGUAUGAUCCUUACACCCCUGAGAUGCAGAACACCAUCAACUCCUACAUCAAGAUGGUGGACAGAGCCCUCAAACUAAGGAACCUCACAGGAGUCCCGGAUGACUACUACCCAAGAUGAUGGGGAGGCCUGUGGGGAGAAAAGUAUAUUGGGAGGGAGGGAGGGAGGGAAGGAGGAGGACCAAGGACCCCAGCAGAGUAGACCAGCCCCAUACUCUCAGAGCACCAGAGCAUUGGACUACAUUUCAGUCUUGGCUUUUUGGAUGACCCAUUUUGCUGCUAUUCCUAUUCAGGAAUUCUCUGCAUGAAAACCAACUCAUCCAUAAGAGGUUGUUCAGACAUUUCCACCAAUCCAAUAGGUUGUUCAGGCACAUGCACAUUACAUACACAGACACACACACACACAUUUCUGUCUUCCUUUCAUCCUCUUUUCAUCUUUUUUCUUCCUUUCAUUGUUCCUUCCUUCCUUCAUAACUUCCUUUGUUCCUUCCCUCAUUCCUUCCUUCCUUUCUUUUUUCUUUUUCUCCUCCUCUCCCUCGUUGUCUCUUCUUUCUGUUUCCAUCUAUCUCCACCCAUCUCUAUCUCUCUCUAUUCAUUCUCUUUUUUCUUUUUUCCCUAUCUUGCUCUCUUCUUACCUUCUUUCUCUCCUCAUGUCUAAUUGUCUCUGUCUCCUUUCUCUGAGUCUGUCUGUUUCUUCCUCUGCCUGUCUCUGUCUUCCCGUGUGUCUCUCUUCCCAUAUAUCCUCUGCCUUCUCUUUCUUUCUCACUGUCUCUUCACCUUCAAGACCACUGAUAGUGGUGCCAAUUCAAGCCCUCUUCUAUUUAACAUUUCCUUGAUUAUUACCCUUGGUCUUCAUGACUGUUUCCUCCCCUCAAUUGAUUAGUUUCUGCCUUGGAGUGAGAAGGCUCACCUCAUGGGAAUAGGGCCAGGAAAAGAAAUGAUUAUCCUGCAGAUCUGACCAGUGAAGUAGGAAAAAAUGAUGAAAAGAAAAAGUUUCAAACAUGUCCCCCACUCUACCCCAGCUUGUUCACCUGAUCCUCUUCUGGUGCCCUCCCCCAAUUCCCUGCUGAGAAUAUGAAGGUAUGAGAGGGACAGUUCUGGCUUCAAGAGAGUACCCCACUUCUGACACCUGUUAGCUAUAUGACCAUAAGUAAGUCAGAAUCUUUCUAGCCUCAGUUUCUAAAUCUACCAAAUGGGGAGAAUACUAUCUGCAGCAUCUACCUUCACAGGCUCCUGUUAUAAGAAUCACAUAAGACUGCAGAAAGAGUGCUUUACAGACAUUCAUGUGCAAGUCUAAAUAUCAAAUAUUAUUAGUAAGUUCUUGAGGCCAAUACAGAAAGAGUGGCAUAUAGAAAGCAUGCUAGUCUUGGCAUCAGGAAGACCUGGGUUCAAAUCCCACUUCUGGCCUUUACCAACUUGGAAGACUUUUUAGUUUCCAUGACUUUGAUGGAAAGAUAUCCCACACAGGAAAAUUUUAAGACUGAAAAAAUCCUAGAUGCCUCAGUCUUAAGAGAAUCUGGGCUUGUUCUUUAAUAAUGCUAUUUUUACUUGUCAAUUUCUGUUGUUGCUGGGACAGUUAGGAUAGAAAGUCAGACCUGGAGAUAGGAGAUCUGAGUUCAAAUCUAGCUGGAGGCAUGUCCUAGCUGUGUGACCCUGGGCAAGUCAUUUAACUCCAGUUGCCUAGCCCUUAUUGUUUUUCUGCUCUGGGACUGAUACUCAGUAUCUACUUUAAGUCAGAAGAUUAAAAACCUUUACUGAUGCUAAAACAAAAAAUCAAAACCCCUUACUGGUACUUAGUAUCAGUUCUAAGACAGAAGGUAAGGUUUUUGUUUUUUUUUUAUUCUGUUCCUAAAAUGUGGUAUAGGAAAUCCCAGAGCAACCCCUGCUUGUCUGAGGGUCCUGCACUUCCUGGCUGAGCUGGUGAGCUAAGGAAAAGACCUCAGGCACUUGUGGCCCUCAGGAGCCCGUAACCAAUGGGACUUGAUUUUUCACCUACCUUGCUCCAACUCUCUACAGGCAUAGGAAAAAUGAGGACCACACUGGAGAGGGCCUCAAUGCCCACCAGGGAGAGAAAGGACAGGCACACAUGGAGGGAGAUCACAGCCCUAGGAUGAGGUUCUCUUCCAUGGCAGCCAACAGACAGACAAACUCCCUUGAACCUCGUGUCAUUUGGUGCCUCCUUUUCCAGGUCCAGAUACAGAGAGUGUGUGUACUGCUUGGACACUUAGGGAAGUAAACAUUUCUAGCAAGACAGAGAGCACCUUGGGAGUCAAGAACACCUAGAUUCUACUGCGACUGCCAUAUACUAGCAGUAUGACCCUGGGGAAGUCACUUAACAUCUCCAGGGGUGCCUUAGACAAUCCUAAGACCAUAAAAUACUGACAAAUUGCUAUUCUACAUUGGUGGAAGGAACUCCCACUCCUGGAACUCUCCAGGCCAAUGAAAUCCUGGUUCUAGAACAAAAAUUGGCAAUGCAUUCCCAUGGUGAUUGAAGGUCUACAAAGUCCCUUUAGAGCUCUUGGAGAUAAGUGCUGCAGGUUUUAUUAUCCCUAUUCCUUAGAUGAGAAAACUGAGGCUCAGAGGGCUUAAGAGGUGUAGGGGGUCCUAAUGCAUGGUGAUCUAACUGCCCAGAACAGGAAUCCUUAAGUCUCAACCAGAUCCCUGCGUUCUACCAGUCCCACCCACCUGGCUUGACUUCUACCUCCCUAUGAACAUAAAUAGACUGGCCUCCAGCCCUAAGACAUGCCUGCUUUUCUUGGAGAGACUUUUAAAGGACCGGAGAGGGGUGGGAAAGGAGGGAGAAAGACAUCUCUAGACAAAAACUGCUUUCUCGUCCUGGAGGCACCAAACCAAAGGAUUCCAGGGGACCCGAGGCUCUGGAAUGUCCGUCCCACAGAGAUGGCUUUCUUCGGCUUAGUAUGGGAAGGUGCAGCCCACUCCCUCCAUCCCAGAGCCCUCAUCCCCAUGUUCUCAUCCACCAAGGUCCUCAGUAACACCUGACAGCCUUCCCGCCUUGUGAUGUGGAUACAGAAGCCAUAUGGUGUCCACACAGAUUCUUUCCGACUGUGUCCAUCAUGUGCAGUCCCCUGUUGCUUGGAAUGCUCCCUCUGCCUUCAUCUUCUGCUCACUCCCAGGAGAGAAGCACACCUGAAAGGUGGCUGGAGGCCAACAAAGAAUAUAUUUUUUUAAGAGGUGUAUGAGGAACCUGCUUCCCCUUGGGAGAGGGGACGCCCUUAAUCCCUCAGUUCUCCCUCACCCACAUUCCUAGACUUGACUUGAUCCCUCGAAUCCCUUGUCUUCAUCUGGGUGUGGACAUCUGUAUACCACGGGACUCCCGAGCCCAGGGGCCUUGGGGGUCUCUGAAUGUAUUUUGUAUGUAGUUCCUCAGACUGAUUUUUAGUCUUUAUUUAGCAAAUCAAGGUGGGAGGGGAAGUUGGGGUGCCCUCACCCUGCUUGAAGGCCAGCUCUCUGGAGAGCAGCAUGCCCAGAAGAUGGACAGCCCAGAGCUGCUUCUGCCUGGGGGCUUGGCCCAGCCACCCACCUCUGUCUGAACACUCCUCAGGUUAAUGCCAUCAUUAAAUGAGCAUUUUGUCAAUUUUCUCUGA